CUCUCUAAUUAUCAUGGUCGAAUGAUAGUUCCAUCUUCAUCUCGUGUUUUCGUCAUAUUUUCGUUCCUACAGCGUAAUCAGAGAAAGAAUUAAUUCUAUGUGAGUAUAAAAAUUCAUAUAGAAAAAUGCCACAGAACGAAUAUAUUGAGAGGCACCGUAAGCUGCAUGGUCGCCGUUUGGACUAUGAAGAAAGAAAGAGAAAGAGAGAGGCUCGUGCUCCUCACAAACGAGCAGAGCGAGCCCGUACUUUGCGUGGUUUAAAAGCUAAAAUGUUCAACAAAGAGCGACGCAACGAGAAGAUUCAAAUAAAAAAGAAGAUUAGAGCUCAUGAAGAGAAGAAAGUAAAGGUGAAGUCUGACAAGUUGCCGGAAGGAGCAUUGCCUGUAUAUCUGCUGGAUCGUGAUGUUACAAAACGCGCGAAAGUGCUGUCAAACAUGAUAAAACAGAAACGAAAAGAGAAAGUUGGCAAGUGGGAUGUUCCAAUACCUAAAGUUAGAGCACAAUCAGAGAGUGAAGUUUUCAAAGUAGUGAGAAGCGGAAAGACGAAACGGAAAUCAUGGAAACGGAUGGUGACUAAAGUGACCUUUGUAGGAGAGAAUUUUACAAGGAAACCGCCGAAAUUUGAAAGAUUCAUCAGACCGAUGGCAUUAAGAUUCAAAACCGCACAUGUAACUCAUCCUGAGCUCAAGGCAACUUUCUCGCUGCCGAUUAUUGGCGUUAAAAAAAAUCCAAGUUCUCCUAUGUACACAAAUUUAGGUGUUAUUACCAAGGGAACUAUUAUUGAAGUGAAUAUUUCAGAAUUAGGUCUUGUAACACAAUCGGGUAAAGUUGUAUGGGGAAAAUUUGCUCAAGUUACGAAUAAUCCUGAGAAUGAUGGAUGUAUCAAUGCUGUUUUGCUUGUAUAAAUUUGUAUUACAAUUCCUAAAUUAUGAUUUUAUUGAUAAUUUUUGAAA